GAAAUACUUAGGGUAACCGACGGAGCUUGACUCGGACUGGAGACGCCCAUUUUCAGUCCGCGCCCGCCCCGGCUGCUGGAACGGUUCCUCCUUCUCUACGCGCUUUGAUUGUCAGCCUGGAUGUCGAUCCCCGCCGCUAUCCCACCGCAACAGAUGUCUGACAGCUAGCCAACUGAGUAGAGGACCUCCCUCUUUGCUGGGAGCCUUCCACCUGCAGCCAUGAAUGGUGGUUCCAGCGUUUGGGCCAUCACUCCUGAGGAGAGAGGGAAGCAUGAUAAACAGUUUGACACCCUCGCACCGAUCCUUGGCUACAUCUCGGGGGAGCAAGCGAGGAAAUUCUUUCUCCAGUCCGGCCUGCCGGCUUCUGUUUUGGCGGAGAUCUGGAACCUGGCUGACAUGGACAGUGACGGGAAGAUGGACAGAUUGGAGUUUUCCAUUGCUAUGAAGCUUAUUAAACUUACGCUUCAGGGCAGAAACUUACCCUCAUCCUUGCCAGUUACCAUGAAGCAACCUCCGACUUUAAACAGCAGCUCAAACAUGUCUUCUUCGGCACGGUUUGGAAUGGGAUCCAUGCCAAACCUGUCAGUCGGUCUUUCAUCCAUGCCAACUAUUUCCACCAUGCCCAUUCUAACACCCAUGCCAGCUAAUCGUCCUUUACCCUCUGUGCAACCCCUGGUGCCAGUGCCAAUGACCCUGCCCUUGAUCACCUCAUUCGGGAACUCUGGGCUCCCCAAUGGCACUGUCAGCCUCCUCACCCCACCACUUGUUCCCAGCAAUGCAGGUACUCCGAUGUCAGGCUUUUCGUCCCCUAUGGCUUUUUCCCCAUCUCCGGGUGUGUCAAAAGCCAACUCUCUUUUGGACCUUGGAUCCAGCAGUUCAAACUCUUCCUCCACCACAUCACUGGCCAGCAACUCUCCAAAAAUGGGUUCAGGAGACUGGGCCGUUCCACAGGCUUCGAGACUCAAGUACCGUCAGCAGUUCAAUACACUCGACAAACUCAUGAGUGGCUACUUGUCAGGACCUCAGGUUAGAAAUGCGCUGAUGGCAUCAAACUUGACCCAAACUCAACUGGCCACCAUUUGGAGCCUGGCAGAUGUUGAUAAGGACGGUCAGCUGCGGGCUGAGGAGUUCAUACUGGCUAUGCACCUGGUGGACAUGGCGAAGACUGGACAUCCACUUCCCCUCACUCUGCCUCAGGACCUGAUACCCCCCUCCCUGAGAGGAGGAAUUAAGUCCAGUGAGCUCCUCAAUGGAACAGGACCCUACAUAAGUCCAAGUUUAAUGGACACAACAGAGAUCGAACCUCCUCAGAAGAACAAGAGCAGUGUGUCCUACGAGGACAAGCUCAAGGAGAACUUUGCGCGCGGCAGUGCUGAGCUGGAGAAAAGGCGGCUGGCUCUGGUGGAGGAGCAGAGGAAGGAGAGGGAGCGCCGGGAGCGGGAGGAGCGGGAGGCCCAAGAGCGGCGGGAGAGGGAGGCCAGGGAGCUGGAGAACAGGAGGAGGCUGGAGGAGGAGAGGCGGAUGGAGCGGCAGAGGGAGAUGGAAAGACAAAGGGAGGAGGAGAGGCUGAGGGAGCUGGAGAGGAAGGAGGCGGCGAAGCAGGAGAUGGAGCGCCAGAGGAGGGAAGAGUGGGAGCGAGCAAAGAAAGAGGAGCUGGGAAGGAGAAAAGAGGCAGAGCAAGAGGAGAUUGUUCGACUUAGGGCGAGAAAGAAGAGCCUCGAGUUAGAGCUGGAGGCAGUGGGCAACAAGCACAAGCAGAUCUCAGACUGUCUCCGUGACGCUCAGAGCAAGAGGCGGAUCCAGAAGGCCGAGGUGGACCUCAUCAAUCAGAAGAGAGACGCCCGCAUUGCUGAGAUCAACACUCUUCAGCUUGAGUUUGAGGAAUGGCAGAGGAAGCUGUCACAGCUAGUCCCGGAGCAACAGCAACUGUCUGAGAAGCUGCGAAACAUCAGUCUCAAGAAACUGCCCUUGGCCACUUUGACAUCUCUCACGGGGAGCGCCGCAGAGUCGAGUGGGAACUGCCGCCGUCUCAAAGAUCAGCUGGACAUCCUGGAAAAGGAAACAACAGACAAACUGACCCAGAUGGAGCAGUACAACAAGGAGCUCAAGGAGCUGCGGGAAAAGCAGACGAAGCAGCAGGCCGUCCUGGAUGACCUGCACAGAGUUAAAGAGGAGAAGCUGAGGGAGCUGCAGAGGCGCAGGGAGGAGGAGAAGGAGCGAAGGAGGAGAGAGGAAGCAGAAGCAGCAAGACUGGCGAAGCUGGAGGAGGAGAAGCGUGAGCAGGAGCGGAGAGAACAGGAGAGGAGGGAGAGGGAGGAAGAGGAGGCCCGACAGAGGAGGCUCCAGGAGGAGCAGAGGGCCAGGCAGAGGGAGGAGGAGGAGAGAGAGGCGCAGGCUCGCCUCCGAGCGGCUCAGGAGAAGGCGCAGGAGGAGGAGAGGAGACGGAGGGAUGAGGAGGAGAGGAAGAAGAGGGAGCUAGAAGAGGAGAUGAAGCAGAAAGAAAUGGAAGAAGAAAAGAGGAAGAAACAAGAACAGGAGAGGGGAACAGCCCAGCUGACCUCAUACAGAGCCCUGUACUCCUUUCUCGCACGCAACGCAGAUGAGCUGAGUAUAGAUGCAGACUGUCUCAUAGAGGUGGAUGAGCACACUGUCGGUGAACCCGGCUGGCUGUGUGGGAACUACCGAGGAAAAAGGGGCUGGUUCCCCCAGAGUUAUGCAGAGAAAUGUCCCACGCAUCCCACCUCUGAGAAGGCCCCUGCCUCGUCAAGUCUUCCUCCUUCAAAUGCAAGAAACGCUGCCGUGGAUGCCACAGAGGAAAGCAGCGUUCCUCUGCUUCCAGCUGCUUCACAGUCCACGGUUCUUCUUGUUGCUCGAGCCGUCUCUUCAUGGUCGGCUGCUUCAGAAACUCAUCUCAAUCUCUCGCUGGACAUGGGCGGAGCUCUGCUGAGCUUCUCGCAGGGCGACCUCAUAAGCGUGCUGCAGCAGAGGGACGACUGGUGGUUGGGACAGCUCAAUGGGACACGGGGAUGGUUCCCAAAAAGCUACGUCACUCCGGAGCCAGGCGGCAACGCAGACGCGGACACAACAGACUCAAGUGCUCAGCUAGGAGAGUAUGUGGCCCUGUACACAUACGAGAGCCCAGAGACAGGUGACUUGACUUUUGAUGAAGGAGACGUAAUUAUGGUGACGGAGAGAGAAGGAGAGUGGUGGAGAGGAUGCAUCGGUGACCAGAUAGGACUGUUUCCCUCCAACUAUGUUCGUCCCGUAGAGCCAGAGGCAUCGAAACCUGGAGUUUCAAGCAAAAAACUUGAGAUUGUUCAGGCUGUCACUGCCACAGAAGCCCCCAUGGCUCAUCAGCUGACUCUGUCUCCAGGACAACUGAUUGUGGUCAGAGCCAAAAACUCCACCGGGUGGUGGCUCGGGGAACUGCAGGCUCGGGGCAAAAAGAGACAGAAAGGCUGGUUUCACUCGUCCCAUGUCAAGCUUCUGGGACCGUCCAGUACCAAGACCUGCCUCUCCCCUCUGCCAGUGUGCCAAGUUAUUGCAAUGUACGACUACGCUGCUGCUAAUCAGGACGAGCUGAGCUUCUCCAAGGGUCAGCUCAUCAACAUCCUCGACAAGACCAACCCCGACUGGUGGAAAGGUGAAACCAACGGGGUCACGGGCCUGCUGCCCACCAAUUAUGUCAAGAUGACAACAGAGUCAGACCCCAGCCAGCAGUGUACAUUAAACUCCUCACCCUUAUCAGAGCUUGGAGAUGGUCAUGGGUGUGCAGACCUGAUCACGUUGGACACAAUGACUCCUCAGGAAAGGAAGAGACAGGGUUAUAUUCAUGAGCUCUUCCACACUGAGGAGACCUAUGUGGACGAUCUGGAGCUGGUCCUAGAGGUGUUCCACAAGCCCAUGUCUGAGUCAGGUCGCCUGACAGAAGCUGAGAUGGCAACAAUCUUUGUCAACUGGAGGGAGUUGAUUAUGUGCAACACCAGAUUGCUCAAUGCUCUGCGUGAACGCAAGCAAACGGGAGGAGAGAACAUGCCGGUUCAGCUGAUCGGAGACCUGCUGGCUUCAGAGCUCGCUCACAUGCAGCCGUACGUUUGCUUCUGCUCCUCCCAGCUCAACGCUGCCGCUCUCCUGCAGACCAAAACCCACAACCAGCCUGAGUUCAAAGAUUUCCUCAAGAAGGUUGCCACAAACUACCGCUGCAAAGGAAUGCCACUGUCCAGCUUCCUGCUGAAGCCCAUGCAGAGGCUCACCCGCUACCCUCUGCUCAUAAAGAAUAUCCUUGAGCACACUCCAGAUGGCCACGAGGACCGCGAGCCGCUCCGAGAAGCCCUGGAGCGAGCCGAGGAGCUGUGCUCUCAGGUCAAUGAGGCGGUCAGAGAAAAGGAGAAUGCUGACCGCCUGGAGUGGAUACAGAACCACAUUCAGUGUGAGGGGCCUAUAGAGCACCUGGUCUUCAGCUCUUUGACUAACUGCCUCGGGCCCCGCAAGCUGCUCCACAGCGGCCGGCUGUUCAAAACCAAAAGCAGCAGAGAGCUGUGGGCUUUCCUCUUCAAUGAUUUCCUCCUCCUCACACACAGCGCCAAGCCUUUCUCCUCCUCAGGGUCAGAAAAACUGUUCAGCCCCAAAACCAACAUGCAGCUGAAGAUCUAUAAGACGCCGCUGUUUCUCAAUGAGGUUUUGGUAAAAAUGCCGGCGGACCCGUCCAGUGAUGAGCCGCUCUUUCACGUCUCGCACAUUGACCGCGUCUACACCCUGAAAACAGAGACUUUAAGCGAGAGGACAGCGUGGGUCCAAAAAAUUAAAGCAGCCUCUGAACAUUUCAUAGAAACAGAGAAGAAAAAGAGAGAGAAGGCAUACCAAGCACGCUCCUUAAAGUCUAGUGGAAUCGGUCGCCUGCUGGUGACAGUCAUAGAAGCUCAGGAGCUGAAGGCCUGCAAGCCCAACGGUAAGAGCAAUCCAUACUGUGAGCUGACCAUGGGGGCUCAGUGCUACACGUCACGGCCGGUCUUGGACACUCUGAACCCAAAGUGGAACUUCAAUUGUCAGUUUUUCAUCAAAGACAUCUACCAGGACGUCCUGAGCAUCACUGUGUUCGAAAAAGACCAAUUCUCACCUGACGAUUUUCUGGGUCGCGCUGAGGUUCCUGUGGCGACUAUAAAGAAAGACAUGGAGAGUAAAGGAGCGGCAACCCGUCGCCUGCUCCUGCACGAAGUCCCAACUGGAGAAGUUUCGGUCAAACUGGACCUCCAGCUGUACGAGGCAACCACAUGAACCCCAUUGGACAUCUGACACUUAGCUUAUUGAUGGAGGACAUUUAUGUGCUGAAAGUGCCUGUCUGUGGUAAAUUAAGCAGCUGAAUAGUCUGGGUUCUGCUGUAUAAUCAAUUUUAUAAUUGAUUAUAAUCAAUUAUAAUCAAUUCCAGUCUUAAAUGUAGCAAAAAAAUUGCCAAUGUUUUCUUAUUCACAGUGAAAUCAAAAAAAUGCUUUUGAAUAAAACCAUAUAGUUUUGCUAAAUGGAUAAAUUUUUGCAACUGAAUAUAUUAACCAAUAUAUUUGACUAGGGCUAUUUUAUCACCAGCAGAAGAGAUGAAAUGUCACAAGCAUCAUUGCUAAAUUCCUUCCAUGUCAAUAUGCAGUAGCACACAGCGCCUGAUGUUGCACACAACUUCAACUUGUAAUCCUGAAUUUCAGAAUUUCAAAUUUCAUUUGAAAAUAUGCCAAUAAACAUGCAAAGUAGAAUAAA